AUGGCUGACCCUACUGAAUCGCAUGGGCUUGGAGCCCAACGACCUUCCCCGUCAAACAACGUCCACAAUCCCCUAUCCCCAGGCAGCGGUAGCAGCGCGGGAACCCCGAUCUCGUUUCAACCGAACGUCAAUCGCUCCAAAACGAAACGAUGGGUUGAGGCCAGACAAUAUUCUUAUGACGGAGGCGACUGGGGCUCUGACGAGGAUGAGGAAGAAGAGGAAGAGGCGCCGCCACCGGUACCUCGGCCCCCUUAUGUCUCUCACAAUACCGGUAGUUCGUCCGAGUUGACCUCAAGGCGUCUAUCUAGUCACAUUGGGGCUGAUGAAUCGACCCCAAAUGAUGGGCGGGGCAGAAAUCCCAGCAUAGACCAAAAGGCUCUACCUUUCGUUAGGCCGGCUGAUCUUUAUAAACGAAUGCGCGAGGAGAAGGCAGCCCAGGGUGAAGCCUUAAGUCCACAAGUUUCGUCGCCUCUGGUUGAUAACAGUCGUAAGCUUGACGGAUCUGGGCUAUCGCAGACACAGAUGGCCAACUCCUCUAUGGGCUUGCCAGAAGUGCAACGUUUGUCUGGGUUUGGAACUGAUUUUCUGGGCGGUGCAGACUCUAGUUUGCCCAAGGACACAAGCUCUGAGUCGCAGCCCCAGCAGCCCCCGCUGCAGCAUAAUAACUCAGCUGGAUUCCGAUCAGUGGUUCACCAGGCGUUUGAUGUCCCAGAGACUCCUCAAUCCGGUGACAGUGUCGAAGGGACCAACAGCGGCAGCACUUCAGUGAUCAGCCCGAUCAUGAGUGGUCGAAACAUUGAAGACAGAACACCAACUAUCCAUGAGGAGCCUCAUGAAACUGGGAAAGAAGCCACCCCCGACGGCCCUGCGUUCAAACCCGGUCACCGCCGAGACCUGAGCCUUCCUGAUCGAGCCAACAGUCCAUCCCGCAAACCCCAGGUCGAACAAACUCCCACUGGCCACACAGCUUUGUCUUCUGUUCAUGCACAACUGCAAAUUUCCCCAGACUCAACAAUCUCUCCAUCUUUCUCCCAAGACUCAGCAAUGCAGCCAUACACAACCGAUGGUCAGGAUUUGCCUGCUCCUCUCAAGUUCGGUAGUGCAUCGGGCCCUGACAGCUAUCGUGGCGAAAUCCCGACGAUUGUUGGCACGGGAAAUUCGCCAGCAGACGGAGAUAAUGAUCGCCUGAGAGAAGAAAUCAUUCGUUCGUUGAGCCGGGAAACCACCCCAUCGGCGGACCCGGACCCAAGCACUCAACCCCAAUCGCAGCCACCCACCGAGUCUAUCCCUAACCAGUUUGAGAAAUAUUGGGGUGGCCAAACUGGUCCCAGCCAGGACGAUGAUCCGAAGGCUUUAGUGUCGGGGAGUCUCCCAGACCAGACGGAGCCGCAUCCUCUUGCGUCUAGAGAUCCAUACGCAGAUGGCCCUGGCCUAGCCAAUUCCUCGUCAACAAUUGUUGAUCAGCCGAAAAAGAAGUUGAGCAGGCGGUUCUCCUGGGAAUCAUCGGACGCAGAGGAAUCUGGAGCUGAGCUUCAACCUCACAUUCCCGGCAGUUACGCCUCUCCUCCCCUGCUGGAUACACCACUCGCUACCCAAGAACCUGAGCCUAUCACCGAAGACGAACCCCUAGCAGCAUCGCAAGCGAUAUCGCAAUCAGCCCCGCGCGACUACUUCUCGUCUGACAAUGAAGGCUCGGAUGUUCAACGUACUGAAAAGCCCCGACUCUCAAUCGUUCCUCCUGUGCCUGAAAAUUUAUCACCACCACAGCAAGUGAUGGAACCAGAGCCUACCCCACCGCAACCUCAAGCCCCCUUGCAUGUCGCGGAUUCUUCUCUGGAAGAGUCUAAGCUUCUCGGUUUCCGUGAAAUUCUUGGUAUCACAUCUGUGGACCAGCGUAUCAGGUCGUUCGAGCACACUCGGGACCAAUUCUCAACUCUUGACUCUGGCUUGAACCACUGGCUACAAUUCAUGGUCCACGAACACCCCGAACAUGUCGAUGUCGUCGAACAGAGCCAGAGUAUGUCCGAUAUUACACGUGCCUCGCCUUCCCGAAGCAGGUUCCCCAAAUUGACUUCACUCGGAAAUAUCGGAUCGACCUUGAAUCUGAGUGAUGGCACCCCGACAAGCGCCACUCACAUAAGACGCCCUUCGGGUCAUAUUGGCACUGUGAUAAACAAGCAGAACGUCGGAGAACGAGGCAAGGAAUUGCUUCAUACCGCUGGAGCGUUUAGUGGCAAAGCAAGUGGAGCUGCCAAGGGCCUGUUUGCCAAGGGCAGAAGCAAAUUCCGACCUAGUGGAGGUUCUGAAAAGGGUCAAUCAAUACCGAAUGCUCCUCGCCGCAGCUUUCAAUUUUCCGUGCCAUCAGGCUCUGGUGAAAGUGGUAAACCUCGCCGCAAUUCCGCUUCGCUUGGGAGCCUGCCUAUGUUCAAGUUUGGGAGAACCGGGACUGGCUCUGAGCCUGCGACAGGAUUGGCCGGUUCCUCACUAGAUGCUUUACAGACCGAAGGUAACACGCAAGAUCAUGCCCGAGUGGCCAAAUCGGAAGAUUACUCUCUGCCCCACGGCAUCGACGCGAGUAUGCCAUCUCAGUCAUCUUCCAACAGAGUUGUGCCUCAGAACGACCCGUCUCGAAAAUCAGACUACGCUGGCCAAUUCGAGCAGGAAAUGAUAGCUGCUCUUGGUCUUUCACCCACAGACCGCAGCCAAGAGCCAAGUACUACCACGGCAUUGAACUCGAGUCAGACGAACGAUGAGAAGAGGAAGUCUACGCAGGGACUCUCGCAACUACAGCAAUCUACUCCUAUGGAACAACCCACUGCCAAAAAGCCAAUUAGAAUAACUACAUCGAAGAGUUUACCAAUGGUCUCUCAUGAACCUUUUGUCGUUCCUCUUCCGGGCUUGAAUGAUUCAGAGAAUGCACCUCAUCAAAGCGUGCCACAGAUCAUUGCUCCAACAAUCCGUCCAGUAUAUGACGAAAGCAUCAAGGCUCCACCAUCUCCUCCUCCGAAGGAUAGCGGGCUUGUGCCUGAUGCUGUAUCCCAACGUCAGCCGUCAGUUUCGACACUUGGUCCCGACGAGCAACGUCAUCGUACCUCUCAGGAGGAUGAUAGUGAUGGAGAACCUCCAUCUCCCAUGGACCCCAUUGAGAACGAUCCCAGUGAUACGAAUGACAAACUUGGUUCUUCAGAAAGGCUUCAUGAGGAAGUCCUUGGCAAAAAUGCUCUAUUUGGCGAGGAUGAUGCGCAUGUCGACGAACCAGUUGAUUCCUUGGAACCUUCAAAGUCUGCUCAGGCUCUCGAACCCAAGAGGAAAUCUAUCAGCGGCCUUCCGCCUUCUCUCCCAGGAGUGCAGAGCCCCUUGAGAAACGAAGUCAGGUACUCGCCUGGGACUAGGAGCAGCAUGCUCAGUUUCGGUAGCUUUGGCAGGCAAGGUGGCAAUGGCAAAGGAACUCGCCCUUCCACGCCUGCGAAUGGUUUAUCCCAAGCUUCAGAAUCAAACUCUCCGCUUCAAAACGAGGAGUCUACCAUGGGAAAGCUAAAAAGCUUCGGCAGGCGUCGACGCGCCUCGGUGGGAGAUCUCUUGUCUGGAAUCCAGGCUCAAGGGAUCCAGGGUCAACCGGGAGGCCAGCGAAAACGAGCACUGAGCAGAAUAAGUGGCCUCUUUAGCCGCCAAGAUACUCAGGGUUCCGGGAGGAAGUCAACAGAUCUGACUAGAAGUGUCUCACAACCGCUGGAGAAAGAUCUGCCUUCUUUCCCGCCGGCAAACACCGCUGUGGACAACACAUCUGCUAUCCCGGAUGACAGCUCUCCAAUUCACAAGGUUCCCGAUGUCCAAAAGCCUCUACCAACUGAGCCUCCUGAGUCGACAAUUCCACCGCCUCCACCUCCAAGCGACACCAAGCCUCCACCUCGUGAUACUCACCAGCGUGCUAGUAUUUCCUUACCCCCCACCACUUCGGCAAACCCCCUUGGCCCAGGUCGAUUUUACUCACAUUUCCAGUCUGGCACUAUGAAUGAAACUCCCGUUGGCUCUCACCAUACGAGGGCACUGAGUCAGCCUCUACUAGGCCAGUCUCGCUCGCGGUCUUCGAUACCAGUCAAUGAGGACAUAUCGGCGAAGCCACUGUCCCCGCUUGAGGAGCUGCAAGACUCUCAGAUCCAAAGGCGGGAACUGCAAGAGCAAGAGGACAAUGAGGAACGAGACCCCGAUGCAAAUCAAGAAGCGCCGCUUGGUACUCUGAGUGAGAAGAAGGAGCAGGAAGAGGAGGAAGAUUCAGGAAGACACGAGCUUCCUACCCAAACAAUUCAGAACGAGCAACCACAAUACGGCCUCAGCUCACAACCCAGCUUGCGAUCCCGGAAACCGAUUGGAGAUGGCUCGACCAACUUGACCCCUGAAUACUUUGCUCCGCGCAACAUUGCUGUCUCAAACGCGUCUGCAGUUUCAUCCAUUCAUCCUCACAGGAGUGAAGGCGAAGCUCGGGUUCUAAACGACACACCUCGGCCUGUGGAGCUUGCUGUUACUGGUGAUGAUUCCAGUGAAGAAAUCUUGAUGUCUCCUACGACUUAUCCAGGGCAGGAGUGGACGCCAAUGCAUUUGUGA